AUGGCGGGAAGUAACCAACUCAACCCUAGCGAUUCAAAGAUGGUGGUUCCUUUGAACAUGUGGGUUUUAAUCUCGAAUUUCAAGUUGGCAUACAAUCUUCUUCGUCGUCCUGAUGGAACUUUCAACCGUGACUUGGCGGAGUUUCUUGAUCGGAAAGUUCCGGCGAAUGCAAACCCUGUGGAUGGAGUGUUUUCUUUUGAUGUGAUUGUUGACAGGGAAACAAAUCUUCUUACUCGAAUUUAUCGUCCCGUUGAGGGAGAUGAAAGUGUGAACAUUGUUGAUCUUGAGAAGCCUGUUACCUCUGAGGUUGUGCCGGUUCUGAUGUUCUUCCAUGGAGGAAGUUUUGCGCAUUCUUCAGCGAAUAGUGCGAUAUAUGAUACUUUGUGCCGUCGAUUGGUUGGUAUUUGUAAUGCUGUUGUUGUGUCUGUGAAUUAUAGGCGUGCACCGGAGAAUAGGUACCCUUGUGCUUAUGAAGAUGGGUGGAAAGCUCUUAGAUGGGUUAGUUCUAGAACUUGGCUGCAGAGUAAAAAGGAUAACAAGGUUCAGAUCUACAUGGUUGGCGAUAGCUCGGGCGGGAACAUUGUGCACCAUGUUGCUUUGAAAGGUAUGGACUCUGGGAUUCAGGUGUUGGGGAAUAUACUUCUGAACCCAUUGUUUGGCGGGGAGGAAAGAACGGAAUCUGAAAAGCGUCUUGAUGGGAGGUACUUUGUUAGAGUGAAAGAUAGAGACUGGUAUUGGAGGGCUUUUCUUCCUGAAGGAGAAGACAGAGACCAUCAUGCGUGUAACCCUUUUGGUCCCAAGGGUCGAAGCCUUGAAGGGGUUGUGUUUCCUAAAAGCCUCGUCGUGGUUGCUGGUUUGGAUCUUGUUCAGGAUUGGCAAUUGGGUUAUGCAAAAGGGCUCGAGAAAGCUGGACAAAAUGUGAAGUUGCUCUUUCUGGAGCAAGCGACAGUCGGGUUUUACUUGCUUCCGAAUAAUGAACACUUCUCUGCUUUGAUGGAUGAGAUAAAACAAUUUGUGAGCUCUGACUGUUGA